AUGGCUACUUCAACAUCAUUCGUUUUCUCUAAUCUCUCCAUCUUCUUCCUCGUGAUGGCUACAACCAAUGGUCAGGCUCCAGCUCCAACCCCUUCAGGUCCAACCAACAUAACCGCAGUCCUUGAAAAAGCCGGCCAAUUCACAAUGUUUAUAAGACUCCUCAAAAGCACGCAAGCCUCAGACCAAAUCAACACUCAGCUCAAUUCUUCUUCAAGCCAAGGCCUAACCGUCUUUGCCCCCACCGAUAACGCCUUCAGCAGUCUCAAAUCAGGAACACUGAACUCAUUAUCCGACCAGCAAAAGGUUCAGCUUGUUCAGUUCCAUGUCCUUCCUACACUCUUGACCAUGCCUCAGUUUCAGACCGUUAGUAACCCCUUACGCACGCAAGCUGGUGAUGGCCAAAACGGUAACUUCCCUCUUAACAUCACCAGCUCCGGUAACCAAGUCAACAUCACCACCGGAGUUGUGAGCGCCACCGUGGCUAACUCUGUCUACAGCGACAAGCAGCUCGCCAUUUAUCAGGUCGAUCAGGUUUUGCUGCCGUUGGCCAUGUUUGGUUCAAGCGCGGCUCCUGCUCCGGCGCCUGAGAAAGGCGGCGGCUCCGUUUCGAAAGGUUCACCUUCCGGUGGCGAUGAUGGAGGAGAUUCCACUGAUUCAUCUGAUGCAGAGAGAACCGGAUUCGGUUUAAUCGCCACCGUAGCAGCCAUUGCUGCUGCUUCUUCUCUGUGGAUAUAA